AUGCACCGCAUAAGGGUUUCCACACCUUGCAGAUACAAUACAACACAAUUCGCAGCCAAUUCAUACAAAGUUACAAUUGUUGCACCAAUUCUGCAAAAAUUCAAACGUGGAAUUGCAAAUGGCUUCCUAAAAUGCGUUAAGUAUCCGACGGAUAAAUAAAAUGAGCGAGUGUCGAUGUCAGUCGUAGGGCGCAGUGGGUGUGUGUGUUGCAGUUAAGAAUGUUGUUCGCCGGCUAAAAGAGAUGGUACCAUUCAUAACGAGAGGGCGAACAUUAAAACUCAAGAGGAAAGGCACCUAAAUUUAACGUGAUAAGUGGGGAAGGAGUUAAUCAAAACUGUUUACCAAGUUAGGACAUUGUGUACAAAAGUAUUUUCGUAAUGUCUGACUUGGGAAGCGGAGACGAAGGCCUCUCAGGAUCAAAAUAUAAUGUGGCAAACGUAGAGGGUUCGUCGAGUAGGAACGAGUUCGAAUCGUCUGUUAAAGGUGGAAGCGGUGUUGAGCAGGAGCUGGCUACCAAGAUGCUUCAAAUACAAUCAAAGCGAUUUUAUUUGGAUGUAAAACAAAAUCGGAGAGGUCGAUUUAUAAAGGUUGCAGAGAUUGGCGCUGAUGGUAGACGAAGCCAAAUAUACUUGGCUCUCUCAACUGCAGCCGAAUUUCGCGAUCACUUGUCGUCGUUUAGUGAUUACUACGCUUCACUAGCUGGUCAAAACAUAGGCCCCCCCAACACAGACAAUUUACCGGAGGAUGGCAAAUUAAAAUCCGAAAUGAUGAUAAAAGAUUAUAGAAGAUAUUAUUUGGACUUGAAAGAAAAUGCUCGCGGACGAUUUCUACGGGUAUCACAAACCAUUACAAGGGGUGGUCCUAGAUCUCAAAUCGCCUUACCAGCCCAAGGAAUGAUCGAGUUUCGUGAUGCCCUUACGGAUUUGUUAGAAGAGUUCGGAGCAAACGAUGGAGGCAGGUUUAAAGGAGAUUUGCCUGAAGAGCGACAUAUGAAGGUGGAUAAUAAAAACUUUUAUUUUGAUAUCGGACAAAAUAACAGGGGAGUCUACAUGCGGAUAAGCGAAGUGAAAAAUAACUUUCGAACUUCGAUAACAAUCCCGGAGAAGUGUUGGAAUCGCUUUCGAGAUAUUUUUAAUGAUUAUUGUGAGAAAAUGAAAAAAUCGUCCGACUCAAUAACUGCCGAAAUUAAUCUACCGACCUCCUCAAAUAGUCUUAAAUAAGCAUCCCGUGAUUAAUGCAAUCUUAUAAGGCAUACAAAUUAUGUUGAUAGAUCGUCGAUUGACCAAUAAAAAAUGUAAUGCUUGUAAUGCCUAACAUAACUAACUAAACUCAACAAUAUGCGAAUGAUUAAGCUUGAAUUACAUACAGAAAUAUGUUAUUUAGAGGCAUUUAAGUAACUAUGUGUUAGCGUUAUUUAAUUUGUCAUUAUAAAGUAUAAAUUAGAUAGAGUUAAAGUAGAGGAAAUGUAAUCCUAAAAACAAGAUAACAGAAUCGAAUCAUACAUUUGUGACUGGUCUGAUAAUAAAACCUGCGCGCAAUGGCACUGAAAUUUAAUAAGCAUCAUAAUUAAAUGAUUUAUUGACUUCUAUUUAUUCAAAUAAUAUUUAUUGAUCUUUAUUAACUAUGAUUUAUUGGCUCUCGAAAAUCCCUUAAAGUUUAUGGAAAUAACACAACCCUAUCCUGUUAUAUUUUAACAUCCUGUUAUAUUUUAACAUCCUGUUAUAUUUUAACAUUAUAUUUAACGUCUAAUCAGCAAAAAUUGUUUUGGUAGUGCGUUCUUUAACCGGAGAUUUUGCUUUUUACCAAUUUCUGUAUCGAUUUAGCUUUAGAACAAAAUCUAUAAAAAGCCCAUGCGAAUCGCACAGUUUUUAAAUUCUAGUCACGCUGAAUUUCAACCAGAGCUUUAAUGGUAAAUUAAACUUACAACACAAAUUUGGAAACAGGCUCUUGAGUUCCGGGUACCUUAUAGUCAAGAUCUAAGCUAAAGCCUUGCCUGUUUUUCUUUUUUUAUUAGUCCAAACUCUGUUGGGAAUAGAAAUGCAUAUAAAUGCACAAUGAACUUCAAAUAAUACUUCCCAAAACAUGUAUAUCCAAAGUAUAUGGGUUUUAUUGCAAUUAAAAUCAGGUUUAUGUAAUUGUAAAACAUUCAUAGCAAGCUUACAAAAGUGUUGAAGCUUCUAGAACAAAAUAUGUUAAAAACAAGAAAUUAACAAAAAAUAACUCCUAAACGCGUUUUUAAAACAAAAAUUUCAAUGUGAUCACGUAGAAUAAAAAAAAACGUAUAAGGUAUGAUAAUUAUGCAAAGCAAGAUUUAAACAUAAUACGAACACAAUAUAUAGACAACUACCACAUAAACUUUCCAAAGGAAGAUCUUGUACAGAUUAUGUGUGCUAAGUAAUAAAUUAGUGUUAUUAAUUAUUUAGUAUUUAAAGUUGUCAGAUUUUUAACUCAUUAAGAGUUUACUGAAUUGUUACAGAAAAUUUGUGAAUUAGCUCUCGCUGUUGUAUUUAUAUUUAUAAACAUGAGAGCCCGAUUAUUGAAUGAAACAACAAACAAAUAUUAAGUUUAUUACAUUGCUAUUGACACUAAAAAAAAGCCGACAACAUCCUACAAAAUGUCCCCAUUAGAGUCGAUGUAAAUCUGACUAUAAACUUAACAUAUUUAUAAUUACCGGGCAAACAUAAAUGGCAAUAUGUUACAGAGAUCAAAUAAAUUUGUUCAAAAUGAAAUGUGGGUUUAUCUUUAACGAUAUUCGGUAAGAAAGCAAAUUGUGUAUUUUAAGAGUUUUGUGAAAAUAAUAUGGUAAUAAAGUUGAAUUUAAAAACAUA